AACUUGCCAUCUACACAUCAUCACCCGGUUUGCCUCUGCGCUUUGUUGCGCAUCGACUGCGGCUGCAUCUAAGUGUACUCGCCGUUUAUUUUCCAGUCUCAGUAAUUUUCGCGCACUGCUUCCAUCCAUUGCAUCACCGCGCGCUUUCCAGCGACCGUGUUUUUUUUUCGCCAUCCAAAGCAUAAUCAGCAACAGCUCCCCUUUUUUCUCUCCAUUCAUUGCAGCAUUCGUCUUCCCAGUAACCAAAUUGUGUGCGUUCGCAUUUGAUUAGGAUAAGGAAAGAUACCUUUUAGCAUUGUUGGUUAGCUUGUGUUGGUUCCAAGGACAUAAAGCCAGUGGUUUCUGCAUCAAGCGCAAAUUGGGUUCACCUUUGCUCUCUAAAUUAGCGUCAAAGGACUGCCUGCCAGUGUUGUUUUUAUUUGCAAACACGCUACUAGAUUAGUUUUGUCUCUUUGAUUGUCUUUUGUAUAAGAGGAGGGUUCUACGCGAUUGGAGUCAGACUGUGGCUUGGACCACGGCAUCGCAUCUGACAGCCUCAUCUUGGCCUCAUCGGCUACCAGCAUCAUUUUAAAUUAAUUGCUUCUCAAGAUGGCAUCUGAAGCCUCUGAAGUAGCAGAGGACUAUAGACAUGCUCUUGAAGAUCUCACAACAAACGCUAGGUUUGAAAUUAGCAACCUGACUGUGAUUGCGAGAGAAAACACAGAGCAUGCCUUGGCCAUUGCUGAAGUCUUGCAACAACAUAUCCUCAAGGCGCCUCCAGCAAAGAAACUCCCCGCGUUAUACGUUCUCGACUCAAUUGUAAAGAAUGUCGGCACUCCCUACACCCUCUUUUUCGGACGAAACCUAUUCAAGAUUUUUAUGGAAUCCUAUGCUGCGGUGGAUAAUCAGAUACGGAAGAAGAUGGAGGAUGUCUUGCGCACAUGGAAGGAGCCUGUCCCUGGAUCUAUGGACAUGCGCCCAGUCUUUUCUCAUGAGCUCGUGAGGCCGAUUGAGAAUGCCUUGAUGAAAGUUCGUCAAGCGUCUAUGCCUCAGCAGAAUAUGAUGCCCGGUAGACCACGACCUGGUAUGCCGAUGCACCGCGAUACUCCCACUCCCCCAGGCAUGCAAGGCCAGCCUAUGCCAGGCCAGCCGUUCCACGGCGGGCAACAAGUAAGCUAUGCAAACGGUGCCAUGGCGCGUAUGAUUCUAACCCAUCGCCAGCCAUAUAUCCGAAACUCUCCACAGCCGUAUGGCGUCGCUCCUGGGCCUUUCCAGCCGCCGCCUGGCGGUAACCACAGCCCACCACCACCACCUGGUUCCAGCGUAGAAAACUUGGAGUCAGACAUCCAGACUCUUAUUGCUGCCACUCGUGUGGAAGCAGCACAUAGGCCUCACGAUGUUACUAUUCAAGGAAGACUACGUGCUCUGCAAGACCUUCAAGGCGUCAUGCGCAGCACUAACCUUCCGUAUGAUCAACUUGAGCUUAUCCGAGUGAAAGUAGCUGAGCUUGCCUCUGUAACUAUCCGGCAGCCGCCACCCCAGGCUCCGUCGCCUACGCCGCCUCCCGCAAGCGCACCAGUUUCUUUGGAUGCCCUACUCGGACAAGGAGCCCUUGCGGCACUCAUGGCGCGAACCGGCUCCAACUCUCAAACCUCUACACCACCCGCAGGCGUUGCGGCUCUUCGCUCGCCGCCCGCGGCCAACAUGUAUCUCCCUCCAGCACCACCUCCUGCUGCCCCUCCUGCUGCUGCCCCUGUGUCUAAUGAUGCCAUGGCGUUACUGGACAAGCUUCGCCUUGCCGGUAUGCUUCCCGGCGCAGGCAACGUUGGUAGCCAGGGAUCUACUCCUCCACCUGCGGCGAUGCCGGCGAUGCCCCCAUCCAUCUUCCCGGCCAACCUGGCGAGCAUCUUGGCCAAGGCAAACCAAAAUGCCAUGGCUGGAGCCCCAGGAGGCGGUUUAAACUCUACAAUUCUUAAGCAAGAAUUCCGACCCGACGUUAUCAACAGAUUAUAUGAUAACUUGGGCCCGCCAUGCUCCCAGUGCGGGCGACGUUUCCGUACUGAUGAGGAAGGGCGCAAGAAGAAGACCGCUCACAUGGACUGGCAUUUCAAGGUGCACCAGCGCAGCGCCGAAGCCGAGAAGCGAGGCACCCAUCGAAGCUGGUAUGUGGACCAGGAAGACUGGCUCAAGUCGCGGGAAGUGGUCGAUUCGGACCACCAAGUUGCAAAGGAAGAGGUCGCCGACGACGCGUCCAAGGCACCUGCUGGGCCCAAGUACAUUGCGGUCCCAGAUCCUACGAGCGGCAUCAACACGGUAUGCCCCAUUUGCCAGGAACGAUUUGAGAACAAGUGGUUAGACACGGCGCAAGAAUGGGUGUGGCUUGACGCGGUGCUUGUACGCAACAGAGCGUUUCACGCAUCGUGCCUCGCAGAAGCGUCCAAGGAUCGCGAUGGAGGAGGCCCUAGACGGACACCGGACCCUGUGUUGGGAAAAAGGAAAGCCGAACGCGGGUACUCGCCCAAGAUGCGACAGGGUGGGCGACAGCUUCGCCAAUACUAGGAGCGCCAGCGCACGGGGUAUAGUAGAAGGGUACAUUCAGGCGUUUAGCAUCAUCGGCACAUAUAUGGCGACACUUUGUCUUUGGAGUUGCCUCUUUCUGCAUUCAUAGGUACAAUACCAGGCCGUAUUACUCAUAGAAAUGGGAAUGAAAUGAUAACAAAAGAGAGAACAAGGGCUACUAGUAUGUGAUUGGUCCAUCGCAACACACACAUAGUUCGUCUGAUAUGCAUCCAUCUGGAUGCCUGUAGCCUACCUGGACAAAGCCUCGGCGCUUCUGCCAGACCACCCCCAGGGCACUAAGAGUUGACAAAACGUAAAGACAAUGUAGUAUUGGC